AUGCUAAUGACACUGAGGACUCGCUUCUUCAAUCUCCAUCUCACUUCACUCUUACCUUCUCCAUCUCAAAGAACCCCUCCAUUUUCUCUCUCUUCCCGAACCUCUCUAUCUCAUUCAACCUUUAAGAACCCAAUUCCUAACCCUCUCUCUUCUCACCAUGUCUCAGCUACAAAGACCCCAAAACAUCUUCUCUCCGACGCCGCCAAGUUCGUCCGAACCGUCCUAUUCGUGCCACCUGGUGUGAACCCAGAUGAGGUUACAGACGACAUGAUGUUACCCGGUUCGAACAUCGUGAUCGGACCCUUUGUCGGUGACGCCAAAAUUAGAGAUGUUGAGUUUGUUAAGAGUAGUAAUCGUCCCAAGGACUGUCCCAAGGAUGACCGGCCAGAGUUUGCGAUGCUGGGCCGGUCCAAUGUUGGCAAGUCUUCAUUGAUUAAUGCUCUGGUUCGCAAGAAAGAAGUUGCUCUAACCUCCAAAAAACCAGGGAAGACUCAGCUGAUUAAUCAUUUCCUGGUUAACAAAAGUUGGUACAUUGUGGAUUUGCCUGGUUAUGGGUGA